UAUAUAUAUAUAGCCGUUUCUUGCCAUAUAUCUUGUGCGAGGCUUCGUAGCUUGGAUACUUUCAAGCCAUAUUAAGUUAUUAAACUUUGGCUAGUCAGAUGUUCUCAUGCUCUCAAAUACCCGGAGUAGCCAACCAUUGGUUCUCCACUCUCAUUGUCUCGCACCAUCCUCAUCUCAAAUUCCGACAAUUGAUCUAAUCCCAAGAUCAGCCUGUCCAGAAAACCCAAUACCUUACAUUGUCAAAAAAUGCAUUGCCCUUUUGCAAAUUUGUGCCUCUUCCAAAUUCAAACUGAAACAAAUUCAUGCCUUCUCCGUCAGGCAUGGUGUUCCACCCACCAACCCAGACAUGGGCAAGCACCUUAUAUACUCUAUUGUGUCCCUCUCUGCCCCCAUGACCUAUGCUCAUAGUAUCUUUAACCAAAUCCAAAGCCCAAAUGUUUUCACCUGGAAUACUAUGAUUAGAGGCUAUGCUGAGAGUGAAAAUCCAGGACCAGCCAUUGAUUUGUAUCACCAUAUGCAUGUGAACUCCACUGAACCGGAUACGCACACAUACCCGUUCCUUUUAAAGGCUGUGUCUAAGAUGGUGAACGUUAGAGUAGGUGAAAAUACACAUUCAAUUGUUAUAAGAAAUGGAUUUGAGUCAUCGGUGUUUGUUCAAAACAGUUUGGUUCAUAUGUAUGCUGCCUGUGGUCAUUACGAGAAUGCAUACAAGCUGUUUGAAUUAAUGCCUGAAAGAGAUCUUGUCGCAUGGAAUACUGUGAUUAAUGGAUUUGCUCUAAAUGGAAAACCCAAUGAGGCUUUAACACUUUAUAAAGAAAUGGGUUUGGAGGGUGUUGAACCAGAUGGAUUCACUAUAGUUAGCUUGCUGUCUGCUUGUGCUGAGCUUGGCGCUUUGGCCUUGGGUAGGAGGGUUCAUGCGUAUAUGGUCAAAGUUGGGUUGAAUGAGAAUAUGCAUGCUAAUAAUGCCCUUUUGGACCUUUAUGCAAAGUGUGGAAACAUCAUAGAGGCACAAAAAGUUUUUGGUGAGAUGGAGGAGAGGAAUGUGGUUUCUUGGACUUCUUUGAUUGUUGGAUUGGCUGUUAAUGGUUUUGGUAUGGAAGCACUUGAGCAUUUCAGGGAGAUGGAGAAACAACAAUUUGUGCCCGGUGAGAUCACUUAUGUUGGAGUCUUAUAUGCUUGCAGUCAUUGUGGCAUGGUGAAUGAGGGGUUCAAUCACUUCAAAAGGAUGAAAGUGAAAUAUGGCAUUGUGCCUAGAAUGGAACACUAUGGAUGUAUGGUUGAUUUGUUAGGUAGAGCAGGCUUGGUGAAUGAAGCACAUGAAUAUAUUCAGAAUAUGCCACUGCAGCCUAAUGCUGUUGUCUGGAGGACCUUGCUCGGUGCAUGCACAAUUCAUGGGCAUUUGGCUUUGGGAGAGUUUGCAAGAGCCCAGCUCUUACAGUUAGAGCCUAAACAUUGCGGAGAUUAUGUGCUAAUCUCUAAUCUUUAUGCAUCUGGGCAACGCUGGUCGGAUGUUCAUAAUGUAAGAAGGAUAAUGCUUAGUGAAGGAGUAAGAAAAACUCCAGGGCAUAGCCUUGUAGAGCUGGGAAAUCGUGUACAUGAAUUUGUUAUGGGUGAUAGAACUCAUCCUCAAAGUGAGGCAAUAUAUGCAAUGUUGGUAGAGAUCUCAAAGAAGCUGAAAUUGGAAGGUUAUGUGCCUCACACGGCAAAUGUGCUUGCAGAUGUAGAGGAGGAAGAAAAGGAAAAUGCUUUAUUUUAUCAUAGUGAGAAGAUUGCAAUUGCUUUUAUGCUCAUUAAUACCCCUUCAGGAACCCCAAUCAGGGUUGUCAAGAAUUUGAGAGUAUGUGCUGAUUGUCAUUUGGCAAUCAAACUCAUAUCAAAGGUCUUCAACAGAGAAAUUGUUGUGAGGGAUCGUAGUCGAUUUCACCAUUUUAGAGAUGGUUCUUGUUCUUGUAAGGACUAUUGGUAAAUCCUGAUCUUUCUUUUUUGGACUGCUGCAUAAAUUUAAGAACAAUGGAAGAAAGGAUGAGCAUUUAUUUUGAAGACUGAAUCCAAAUGCAAAAUUCAUGCACUUAUUGCCUAUCUGACAGCAUUCUUGGUGGCCUUGCAUUCUAUUGCACUCUGCGGGAUAAUUGUAGUGUUCAUGCAGUGAUGUAGUAAUGGCUGUCAUUGGUUUACACUUUACGCUGAUACUGAAUUCUCAAUGCAUUAUGCAUUGAGAAGUCGAGCUUAUAUGAGCUCGAGCGUUUGGCAGCUCAACCCUUGUUUUUAUGCCAUUUAAGCAGAUGUAAUUCUUUUCUUUUCUUUUUUUUUUUAAUGAAUAAAUUUUACUGCA